CCACCUCGACACGUCACACGCCACGAGUAAAAAAACCGUCAAAGCUCAAAGCGAGAUGUGAACUGAAACGUAGUAGAAAUGUGUGCUUAUUAAAAACGCGCAAAAUAGUGUUCUUGUGCAUUUAUACACACUCAUAAAAUGAUAAUACUAAGAACAAAGUAUUUUGGUAUUAUAAUUUACGUAGUUUAAUAAUGUGAAGUUGAAAAAUUCAUCGACACGUCGACAUAACCUAACAAUCAUGAAAAAUGAUAAUCCCAAAAUGAAAGUGCUAGAGCUGUAUAGUGGAAUUGGCGGAAUGCACUUUGCCCUAAAAUGUAGUGGCGUGGAGGGCGAAGUAAAGGCAUCAAUCGACAUAAAUCCGGUUGCUAAUUUAGUUUAUCAACAUAACUUCCCGGACGUGACGUCAUUUAACCGUAAUAUCCAAAGUCUUAGUCCAAAGUUCAUCAACAAAUUAGACGUCGAUACACUUUUGAUGUCGCCCCCGUGCCAACCUUUCACAAGAAAUGGAUUACAGUUAGAUGUUGAAGAUGAAAGAACAAAAUCAUUUAUUCACAUUUUAAAGAUUUUGCCAGAUCUAAACAUCGAGCGUAUUUUGAUUGAAAAUGUGAAAGGAUUUGAAACAUCACAAAUGAGAGAUCUGUUAAUUGAUGCAUUAAAAAAAUGCGAUUUCAAUUAUCAGGAGUUUAUCUUAAGUCCUACACAAGUUGGGGUGCCAAAUACUAGGCAUCGAUAUUACUGUUUAGCAAAGAAGUCUCCUGCAGUUUUUAAUUUUGAUGUGGAAAUAUUAAAAACUGAAUUACCUCUUCCACACAACUGUGAAAAUAUCAACAACUAUAAUAUUGGUGAAAUUAUAGAAAAACAUCAGGAUUCAAGUUUCAAGUACCUAGAAGACAAAAUUUUAACAAAACAUGUUAAAAUCCUAGAUAUAUGUCACUCGAAUUCAAGAAAUUCCUGUUGUUUUACUAAAGCUUAUGGACGUUACAUUGAAGGUACUGGUAGUGUUUUCACUGAAGAACCUGAGGAUAUUGUAAGAUCAAUUUUUGAACAACUUUCAACAUUGGACUCACAAAGUCAAGAAUAUUUACAACUAGCGCAAAAGUUGAAAUUGCGAUUUUUUACUCCACGUGAAAUUAGCAGGUUAAUGAGUUUUCCAGAAUCUUUUUCUUUUCCUGAUAGUGUGAAAAAUAGGCAAAGAUAUAUGCUCUUGGGAAAUAGCAUAAAUGUUAAAGUAGUAGCAGAACUAAUUAAGUUGUUGAAAUAAGUACUAAGUACUAAACUUAAAAAAAUUUAAAGUCCAAUUAUAUAUUUUCCUUACAACUGACGGCUGCAGUUUAUGUGAGGUGAUGGUCACAUUGAAACCUAUGAAAUUUUAAGUAUAUUUUUUUGUAAAGGACGAUUUCAUAGGAUUCCAAAAAUUCUACACCUUUUAUUUCAAAGUAAUGCAGAAGAUAGCUGUAGAAAGCCUACAGUUGAUGGAACUUCUAUUUUAAACAGAUACACAUGAUUUGUUUCUCACAAAAAUUUUUAAGCUGCUUAUUGCUUGAACAAGUUAAAUGUAAAAUCCUUCAUCCUUAAGUGAGAGUUUUACAUAGUUCUUGCACCUAAAUGGUCGAUUUGUAAAUAAUAUUAAUUCAUCUGCGUCUUGAUGUUUUCUUGAAAGGUUUUAAAAUAUUUGAUGAUGCUAAAAUCCUAUUUUUAAAGGAAAUUUUCGCUGUGCUUCAACUGCACCGCUUUUACUCAUACUUUGUUUCCCUUAUCUGUUUCAAAUUUAAUAAUUAUAUUGUCGAAAGCACGAAAGUCAUCAUCGUUUGAUGAAAUGUGAAUGUUUUUUUAUUGUAGUGGCUAGAACCAUUUCCUCAUAAUAUUUCCCUUUGUCAGUUGUUCCGCACCUUUUUAUAAAACCUUGAAAAGAAAUGAGCAAACAACUGCUUUAAUAUUCUUAAUUUUCUGUUUGUGAAAAAAAAAGAAUUGCAAAUUAUUGUAAAUUGUAAUCGAGGGCAUUAGGAAUAGGGACAUUUUUUAUUUUAGGAUUCUUCACAAAUUGUUGCUAGAACCACCUCCUCAUUAUCUUUCCCUUUGUCUGUUGUUCCGGGUCUUUUUAUAAAACCUUGAAAAGGAAUCAGCAAACAACUGCUUUAAUAUCCUUAAUUUUCUGUUUGUGAAAACAAAAAAAAAUUGCGAAUUAUUGUAAAUUGUAAUCGAGGGCAUUAGGAAUGUAGAAACUUUUAUUCUGUAUACGAUCCUCCGCGAAUUGUAUGGCGAGAGCCACCUCCUCAUAAUCUUUCCCCUUAUCUGUGGUUCCAGUUCUUUAUAUAAAACCUUGAAAAACAAUCAACAAAUGCUUGCUUUUAUAUUUUUAAUUUUCUGUUUGUCAGGACAAACAAAAAAAAACAAUAUAAUUCCAACAUAUUGUAAAUUUUGUUGAACCGCCACAAAUUAUAGUGGCUACAGCCACCUCUUCAUUAUCUUUUCCCUUAUCUGUUGUUCCAGCUCUUUUAUAAAAGCCUGAGAAGGAAUCAACAAAUAAAUUCUUUAAUACUCUUAAUAUUAACAAAAAAAGAAUUCGAAAUUAUUGUAAAAAAUUUUUAUUCUAGGAUCCUUCACGAAUUGUAGUGGCGAGAGCCACCUCCUCAUAUUCCUUCCCCUUAUCUGUGGUUCCAGGUCUUUUUAUAAAACCUUGAAAAUCAAUCAAUACACGCCCUUUUAUAAUUUUAA